AUGUUGACGAACAACGAACUCUUCGAGCAUUUCUACUACAGCGCAGGGAACAGUCAUGAGACUGAUAUGGAUGCGGAGGCGAUCUUUGGCAAUGGCGAUGCCUAUCAGCAGCUGGAGCAAUUGAUGUAUCAGCAGCAGGAUCAGGAUUUCAGCGGCAGUGCGGACAGUCUCUCUGACGGCACCAACAGUUGCUCUCAGGAGCUGUACUAUGAUACGCCAGCGGUGCUGGAAUUGGAACAAAUGCUCAGCGCUCAAACGGAACAGCACCAGCAAAUUGCAACUAUUGGCCAAUCUAAAUACCAAACAAAAGCCGCCAAAUAUUGGUCAAAAGCAUCACGCAGUAAGCCAUACGAAAUGAGUGUCUCAAAUUUAGGCCAGGAUCUGGAUGAAGACCAGACUUGCGGUCCCGAAGUCCUGCGCAAGCGUCGACUGGCAGCCAACGCUCGGGAGCGUCGUCGAAUGAACAGCCUGAAUGAUGCCUUUGACAAGUUAAGGGAUGUGGUGCCCUCUUUGGGUCACGAUCGACGACUCUCCAAGUACGAGACAUUGCAAAUGGCGCAAGCGUACAUUGGAGAUCUCCUCACGCUCCUCUCUAGGGAUUACUAAGUGGAUCAGAUGGAGAAAACUACAAGUACGUGUUGAGGCAACACUUGAACCUAGUGUAAACUUUUAAAGGCUGUUAGUUUA